GGGAACUAGAUUAACUUCAAGGAAACCAGAAAAGGACUAAACAGAAUGGUGUCGACGUCAGGCUGUGAAGAGAAGUCCAAACACAUCGCUGGAAACAAGGUGUCCAAACCCCUGAUGGAAAAGAAACGAAGAGCUCGCAUAAACAAAUGUUUGGACCAGUUAAAAUCUCUCCUGGAGAGCUACUACAGCACUAGUAUUCGAAAGCGCAAACUGGAAAAGGCCGACAUCCUGGAGCUUACUGUGAAACAUCUAAGGAACCUCCAAAAGAUCCAGACCUGUGCUUCCGCUGUUUCAGAGUUUUCUGAAUAUCAAAGUGGUUUCCGCAGCUGCGUGGCAAAUGUGAACCGGUAUUUCCUGAUGGCCGACAACUUGAACGGAAGCGACCGAUGGACGUUAGCGCAGCUCUCCACCAAACUCCGCCGCUCGCGGGGUCGAGAGGAAGUCUUCAGCACCAUGGACAGCGUCCCGGACCAAGCGGAGACACGGGAUGAGGUGCAGAGGCUUCUCCCGUCCGCAGCUGGAUCCGAGGGCAGAAAAAUGACUAAAUGCAAAGCUGUGGAACCCCAUAGUGCAAGCGCGUCGUCCUUUUUACCGAAUGAAGACGCACCCGGAAUCCCCUUUGUAGCGCCCAAACAAAUUGUGCCUGAAAAAAUAUGCAGCAACAUGAUGUUUCACCCGGUCAGUCACGGGAAUGACGUUACAAACUCUCACAAUGUCUGGCGGCCUUGGUAAAGAUUGUUGUCCGAUUACAUGUUUAUAGUUGUACUGUAUAGA